AGAGAGGGCUCGCGUGUGACGUCAUUAGGGAGCGCCAUCGUGAGUCACGUGCGCGCUCCGUACCAGGCGGACGGUUGGCGUUCGGGGCUCAGCAGACAGUUGUGGUGGCACCAUGGGAACCACCGUGGAGGCGCCGCACUCGGCGGCCCGGGCGCUGCCCUGCCCGGAGAUCCCGGCCUUCGCGGCCGCCUGCCGCCUGGUGCGGAGCCGCUACUCGUGCCUGGUGGCGGCGCCGCAUCGGAGGCACAUCGCGCUGGCGCCGCGGUACCUGAGCCGGAAACGCACCGGGAUCCGCGAGCAGCUCGACAGGGAGCUGCUGAGAUACUCGGAGAGCCUCAGCGGUGUGCCAGUGGCUUAUGAUAACAUCAGAGUAGUGGGUGAAUUAGGUGAUAUUUAUGAUGACCAAGGAUUCAUCCAUUUUAACAUUGAAGCAGAUUUUGUCAUUUUCACUCCCAAGAAAGGAAAAAAGCUUGUGGGUGUGAUCAAUAAAGUGGCCCCAAGUCAUAUUGGCUGUCUGAUACAUGGGUGUUUCAAUGCUUCCAUCCCUAAACCCGAUCGAAUGUCAGCUAUAGAAUGGCAAGACCUUGAGUUAAAAAUAGGAGAUAAACUGGAAUUUGAAGUGGUGCAUUUAGAUUCCGAUGCUGCUGGAGUAUUCUUCAUUCGGGGGAGACUGAAUAAAGACAGUAUGCAAUCCAAAUAUCCUGAAGCAGUAACUGAAGAUACAAACAGUAGAGAUGAAAUACCAAAGAAAAAACACAAGAAAAGAGACAGAAGGAAUUGUGAGUUAGAAAAUGACACGGAGCUUACAGACAAUGCAGAUACUACUGUGGUGGAAGGUGCAGAAGAGCAGAAUGCUGAUACAGUAAAUGGAUUUUAUGAUAAAAAGCCAAAGAAAAAGAAAAAACAUAAGCAAGAAAAGCAGAAACCUGUAUAUUGUGGAGGUGACUGUAGUGGUUACUCAAGUGACCAUAAAAAGGUUAAGAGAAAGAAAAGAAAACAUUGUGAUGUAAAUGAAGAGAGUGAAUUAUCUCAAUUGUCACAAGAACCUAAAGCCAAAAAGAGAAAGGAAUGACAAAUUGACUGAAGAGUCCAAAAGUCCCUUGCUUGAAUGUAAGAUUGUCGUCUUCUUUCAGAAAUACUUGAUAAACUUCCAAUAAAAUCAUAUUUUCAGUUUGUGUAUUUCAGCUUUCAUUUAUAUUACAGUAGCACUUAGAAGUCCCAACCAAGAUCAAGGCCCCCUUAUGCUAGGCAAUGUGUAUAUAUACUCAAACUAUAUACUUAAGAGUAGGCUAGACAAACACCUGUCGGGGAUGGUCUAGAUAAUACUUAGUCCUGCCAGGAGUGCAGGGGACUGGACUAGAUGAUCUCUUGAGGUCCCUUUCUAUGAUUCUGUACAUCUUUCAAGAUAGGAGAUGCCUCUUACUCUCCACAGAUAAAGGAUGGUAAAGAGGCGGUACAUAUUCCUGUUUUACAGAUGAGGAAAUGAGGUACAGAGAUUAAGUGACCUGCCCAAAGAGAGACAAGAAGUGUUUGGCAGAGCUGGGAGGUGACCUAGGUGUCUUGAGUGGUAGUGCCUUAACUACAAGAACAUGUUUGUGAAAUUAAACGUGGUACUCAAAUGCAGGCUUUAGUCCUUAAAUUUAGUAUCCUUAAUGCCUUCAAGCAAACUGAUCUUUAAAAGGUGGUUUAAGGGCUAGAUUCUAAUGAAUGUGCAGUGAAC